GCCUGCUGAUGGGCCUUGGCCUCAGCCCUUCUGUUUCUCUAACCCCAGAACACCCCCCGCUGCCUCCAGACGUGUAGGAGAGGAUUGGUGGGAGCCCAACCUUGGCGUGCAAGAUGGUGAGCCAGAAGGCAGCCACGCUGGAUUUGAAAUCCAAGGAGGAGAAGGAUGCCGAGUUGGACAAGAGGAUCGAGGCCCUGCGGCGGAAGAACGAGGCGCUCAUCCGGCGCUACCAGGAAAUUGAGGAGGACCGGAAGAAGGCUGAGCUGGAGGGUGUGGCGGUGACAGCUCCACGGAAGGGCCGCUCUGGAGAGAAGGAGAACAUGGCUGUGGAGGUGGAAAAGAACCAGGGACCCUUCAGGAGGUCAUCUGGGACCCCUCGGCCACCAGGGCCCAGCAAGGGGCGUCAAGUGUCCCCUCAGCAGGGCAACCGUGCGGGCAUGGGCCGGACACCCCGCAACUGGGAGGGCAGCCCCAGUGAGCAGCCUCGGGGAGGAGCUGGAACCCGUGGCCGCCGGGGUCGGGGCCGUGGCUCCUCGCAUCUCUCGGGAGCUGGGGACAUCUCAGCCGCAGACCGCAAGUCCAAGGAGUGGGAGGAGCGGCGCAGGCAGAACAUCGAGAAGAUGAACCAGGAGAUGGAGAGGAUCGCCGAGUACGAGCGCAGCCAGCGGGAGGGCGUGCUAGAACCCAACCCCGUGCGUAACUUCCUGGACGACCCGCGGCGGCGUGGUGGGCCGCUGGAGGAGCCCGAGCGGGACCGGCGGGAGGGCAGCCGGCGGCACGGGCGCAACUGGGGUGGCUCGGACUUCGAGCGGGUUCGCUGUGGCCUGGAGCAGGAGCGGCAGGGCCGCCGGGCAGGCCUGGGCAGCACCGGUGACAUGACGCUGUCCAUGACGGGCCGGGAGCGGUCGGAGUACCUGCGCUGGAAGCAGGAACGCGACAGGAUUGACCAGGAGCGGCUGCAGAGGCACCGCAAGCCCACGGGGCAGUGGCGGCGCGAGUGGGACGCCGAGAAGACAGAUGGGAUGUUCAAGGAUGGCCCAGCUGCAGCCCCUGAGCUGUCAUCCCACCGCUAUGAUGACCAGGCCUGGGCCCGGCCUCCUAAGCCCCCCACGUUUGGGGAGUUCCUGUCCCAACAUAAAGCUGAAGUCAGCAGCCGCAGGAGGCGGAGGAGCAGCCGCCCGCAGGCCAAGGCGCUCCCCCGCGCCUACAGUGACCACGAUGACCGGUGGGAGACAGAAGAGGAGGCAGCGGCCCCUGCCCCCGAAGCCCCCCAGCCUGCUCCGCCUGAGUUGACGCCUGCGCAGCCCCCCGAGACCUCAGCCUCCACUCACCAGCCUCCCGAGGACGAGGGGGAGGAGGACGAAGAAUGGGAAGACAUGAGUGAGGAGGAGGAGGGUCUUGAAGAAGAGGAGGAGGAGGAGGAGGAGGAGGAGGAGGAGGAAGAACCACCAGCCCCAGACCGCCAGUCCCAGGAGGCCGAUGGGAGCCCUGCCAGGGAGUCGGCCGGCAGUGCGGGGAGCCCCGCCAGUGAGGAGGCCAGCGAUGCCGGGAUCCCCGCCAGUGAGGAGGCCAGCGGUGCCGGGAUCCCCGCCAGUGAGGCGGUCAGCGGUGCCGGGAACCCCGCCAGUGAGGAGGCCAGCGAUGCCGGGAACCCCGCCAGUGAGGAGGCCAGCGAUGCCGGGAGCCCCGCCAGUGAGGCGGUCAGUGGUGCCGGGAACCCCACCAGUGAGGCGGCCAGCGGUGCCGGGAGCCCCGCCAGUGAGGCGGCCAGCGAUGCUGGAAGCCUUGCCAGCGAGCCGGCUAUUGGGGCACUCCAGGCCCCCAAGGAGGAGCCGUUUCCCCAGGCCUCCACCCCGCCGGCCAGCCCCUUCUCGUCCCCCGGGGGCCACCAGCCCGUAUCCGACUGGGGUGAAGAGAUGGAGCUGAAUUCGCCGCGGACUGCCCACCCGGCCGGCGCCCUUUCUCCGGGUGAGGCCUGGCCCUUCGGGGAUGCAUGAAGCUGGCUGCAGUGUGCGUGCUCGGGGCAUGGCUGGGGGGCCCUGGGUGUGCUGGGCCCCGGACCCCAGGUGCCCUGAGCCCUGGAAGCUAGGAGGGCAGCUGGCGCCCCUUGCUGCCCUGCCCGAUCUCUGGACUCCCUCCCAGGCUCCCCUGGAGCCAUGCUGAGCCCC